GGGUGUACAGGAGGGGAUUGAGGCAUGGAUAUAGCUGGUGAGCAGAGGGGUGUGAGUGCACACACACGGGAUGGAGGGGAUCUGAGUGCACCUGGGGGAACAGAGGGGAACUGAAGAUGAGAUGGGGAACGGAGCACGUGGAGAAGAGCUGUGUAUGUGCACUAUGGGAGGGAGCUGAGCCCCUUGUGGAGUGUGAAGAACGAUCUGAGUGGGGAGCUGAACAGGUAUGGUGGGGACUGGAGCAUUGGUGCAGGGCAGCAGCUGGGGUCUGGCUGUGAUCCCUGCAGAGGUUUGUGAGGAGGGCUGGAGUGGGGUCUGAAGGCUGUGGGGAGAGGACGGGGUGUGGGUGGGAGCACAGAGGAGGGGAUGUGUCCCAGGGAAUCAUACCCCCCACUGUCUCCUGCCCCAUUAGGGCUCCUGGCUCUGACAAGCCACACUGCAGCCUGGGUUCUCCAUCAGAGCCCUUCUUGUCCAUGGGGCUCAGUCCCUGAUCCCCAGGCCAUAUGUGUGUGCUCCCAGCCUCGUGAGUGACGCUCAGGGCUGUGGGAAGGAAACCUCCACUGCGGGAGCCUCUGGCUGCCCCUGGCAACAGCAUUGUGUGCCUCCGCCAUCUGCUGCCCUGCAAUGGCCGCCCCAUGUCCUGCUCCUCCGCUCCCUCCCCGUGCUGCACAGGCUCCAGAUGCAGUCCCUGAGAUGUCCCUGGGUCUGGAGGAGCAUCUGAGCAGGGCCUUCCAGGACAAACUGCGGCUCCAGAAAGUGCCAACAUGGGACUCAGCAUCUCUGCUGCCCUCCAGGCGCCUGCUGCUGAAAAGGAGGGAGGUGGUGGAGGUGGAGAGAGCCCUGCAGGCCCAGCGGGAGGACUUCCAGCAGCAGAUGGACCGCCUGGCACAGCGCUGGCAGCAGCUGGGCCAGAGGGAAGAGCAGCUCCGUGAUGACACCAUCAAAUUCAACGCCUUCCUUAAGGCCAUGUCAGCGAGGCGGCAGCGGGCGCAGCAGUGGGCAGGUGAGGAGCGGGCAUGGGCAGCACAGCGUGGAGCUGAGGCCUUGCGGCUGCAGCAGGAGCUGGAAAGGCUGCAGGGGCACAGGGAGCAACUGGGACAGCGCCUGCAGAGCCUCCGUGUCUUCGGUGACUUCCUGCAGGAUGUGCGAGCUGCCACGGGGCAGUUUCAGGACAUGCCAUCCAUGCUGGCCCAUUUUGGGGCACUGGUGGAGGUGCGGGCGGUGCUGCUGCAGCAGGUGGAGGCUGGGCAGGUGGCAUUGGCCCAGGGCCGGGCUCAGCUCCAGCAGUGCUGUGAGGAGGCUGACAGUGAGCUCAGCAGCGGCAAUGAGGAGGUGCUCCAGCUCCGUGCCCGCCUGGAAGCUGCCCGCAGUGAUGUGCUGAAGGGGGAGUCCCACUGGGCCCAGCUGGAGGGUUCAGCAGCCCAGAAGACGCUGCUGCUGGGGCAGAUCCGGAUGGCGGUGCUCAGCCUCUUCCAGCUUGCCACCACGAGGCUAAAGGUCCCCAGUGAUGUGGCCCUGGGGGACACAGAGGCACAACUGGAUGUGCUGCUGCACUGCAUGCAGGACCUGGCUGCCAUGUGUACCGAGCUGGGGCUGCAUCCUCAUGUGCCUGCCACCACUGCCACGCACUCACGGCAUCGCAGGGCUGUCACUGUGCCUCCCAGCCAGGAAUAGAUGGACUUAGGAUACAACGGAGUAUGGAAGUCACUCCUCAACCAGUCCAGGGAAGGAUGAAGAGAAAUGCCCCACAACAGAGCCUGGG